AUAUCGUGAAACAUCGUGUCUCGAGUCGGUCAAACAUGCCUGUCGCGUGCCGUAAAUGUGGGGGUCCUGCCAUACUAAAGAGGCCGAAAACUGGAGAUGCUUUGUGCAAGGAUUGUUUUUACGCUGCCUUUGAGAGUGAGAUCCAUCACACCAUUACAACAGGGAAGCUAUUCACCAGAGGGGAAAGAGUAGCUGUCGGAGCAUCGGGAGGCAAAGAUUCCACAGUAUUAGCUUACGUGUUGAAGCUACUCAAUGAAAGAUAUGACUACGGUCUUGAUCUGGUUCUACUCUCUGUUGAUGAAGGAAUUACAGGAUACAGAGAUGACUCACUGGAGACUGUGAAAAGGAACCAACAACAGUAUGAUUUACCCUUGAAGAUUGUCUCGUAUGAGGAGUUAUAUGGCUGGACAAUGGAUGCGAUUGUAAAGCAGAUUGGUUUAAAAAAUAAUUGUACAUUCUGUGGUGUGUUCAGACGGCAGGCGUUAGACCGAGGCGCAAUGCUUGUAAAUGCAGACAAGAUCGUCACAGGACACAAUGCUGAUGAUAUUGCUGAAACAGUUCUCAUGAACAUACUGAGAGGUGAUAUUGCAAGGCUUAGGAGAUGUACAGAUAUAAUAACAGGUGGAGAAGGAGCAUUGCCACGGUGUAAACCAUUCAAAUACACCUAUGAGAAAGAGAUUGUGAUGUAUGCAUACUUCAAGAAGCUGGAUUAUUUCUCUACGGAGUGUAUCUACUCUCCCAAUGCUUACCGAGGCUAUGCUAGGGCGUACCUGAAAGACCUGGAGAAGAUCAGGUCCACAUCCAUCAUUGAUAUCAUUCAUUCUGGAGAGAGUCUAUCCAUCAAAAAGGAUGUUAAAAUGCCUACUCAAGGAACCUGCUCAAGAUGUGCUUACAUCUCCAGCCAACCGGUUUGUAAGGCUUGUACACUCUUAGAAGGACUCAAUAAAGGCCUGCCAAAGCUUGGAAUCGGUAAACCACACAAGGCGAGACAGAGAUUGGAUGCUGUUGAUCACAAGGCAUCAGGAGGCUCAUCAAAGCCCUCUUCAUCCCACCUACCAAUGUCUUCAUCUUUAUCGGUAGCAACAUCAUCGUCGUCAUUAUCAUCAAAUACUGCUGAAGUGAAGCAGGUUGUCGACUUCUGACAGGCUCAGGUUCUAAUCAUCAUAAUAGAAAUAUAUAUUUUUUUAAUGUAUCGGGACUGAGUGGCUGCAUACGUGGGUUGAGACCAAAUACGAAUCAUUUGUGGUGCCUUUAAGAGAAUUGUAUCCUCCUGUUUCCAGUGAGGGCUCUUUAUUGAAUUAAGGUAAACUGGGCUUUUAUUUAAACAAUGAAAUAGAUAAUAAUGUUGCUAGUACUUAGCAGGAAUAUUUCUUUUACAUGCUUGUAAAGAUUUCUCUAGCUAUGAUUUCUCCCACUAUCUGAAGAAAAGUUAAAUAAAAGUUGAUAUAAAAAUGAAUGCCUUAUUUUUCUGGUAAGAAAAAUUGUAAAUGUAUAAUAUCCUCUUUGACAACAAUCGUACAAAACUGUAUAUUCUAUUUUUUUUAAUUUGCAACCCGCCAUUUGUUGAGCUGAAUGGUAUUCUGAGGCUCAAUGUUGAUUACGCCGCUACCAAAGAAGUAGGGGCUCUGGUCUCGCUUUGCUGGAGGCAAGACAAAAACACAAGCAGUACAGAGUGAACUUGAAACAACUUUUGUUACAUGCAUUUCACAUGUGGGGGG